GCUGCCUGUCAGUGUGAGGAAAACCCCCGGUCCAGGGGAGUGGAGACUGGGGGGGAUCCCCUCCCCCCGGGCUGGAGGAGCCCAGUCAGCCCCCAAGGCCAGGCCGGUCUCUGGGUUCCAGGGGCGCUGGCAGUUCUCUCAGCACCUGUCUCAGGACACUCGUGUUUCUCUGAAAUCCCCAGCUCCUGGGUCUGUGUCUGGGCAGCCCGGCUUUGGGGAAAGAAGCCUGACCCCAGAGCCCCUUGACAGCUGGGACGGCGGGUGAGAUGCCCCUGGGCAGGGUGGUUUUAAUGUCUACUGGCUUGGGGCCUGCGGCUCAGGCCAUGAUAUCAGUGGGGGCUUUGCUCCAGCCUUGCCCGGGGAAGCAGCCGGGGUGUGCUGGGACAAGGCGGGAGUGAAAUGGACGAGCACCGGAUUUCUCCUCUCCUGAGAUCAGGGUCCAGCUCUGGGCACAAACAAAAUCAAUUCAGGAAUCUGGCACCAGCCUCUGGUGGACACUGGUCCACAUCCCAAGUGCCGGUGGCAUUCGAGGACGUUGCGGUCUAUUUCUCCCUGGAGGAGUGGGCAGCGUUGGCCAAAUGGCAGAGGGAGUUGUACCGGGAUGUGAUGAAGGAGAAUUACGAGCUGGUGGCUUCAUUGGGGCAUCCUGCUGUCAAACCUGAGAUCAUCUGCCAGAUGGAGCGAGGGGAAGAGCCAUGUGUGGGGAAUCUCUGGGGCUGGAAAAACAGAAGCACAGCCCAGAAGCCCUGCUCAGCAGAUGGUGAGAUGAAGGAUGAUGAUGAGGAAGGUACUAGAACCCUGGAUCUUCCCAAGACAUCCCCAGGACAGACCGGAGGGGACCUCCACCAGCACUCCAGGAAAAAGCAAAGAUGCAAGAGUCAGAGCAAAUCACAAAAGCAGCAGAGAAAUGUCAUGCAAAAAAAACUCCUGCCCCUCCCCAGGCCCCAGAAAACACUGCUACAGAGACAGGAUGCAGAGCAGAGACAGGACAGCCAGCAGGAUCAGACACACCUGACUGCCCAGCAGGGAGAGCCCACAGGGAGGAAACCAUUCACAUGCCCUGAAUGCGGAAGGAGCUGUGUGACAAAGGGCAACCUCAAAAUGCACCAUCGAGUGCACACGGGGCAGGGGCUGUUUCCCUGCAGCCAGUGCGGGAAAUGCUUCACCACCAAGGGCAACCUCAAAAUGCACCAGCGGAUCCACACGGGGGAGCGGCCCUUCGUGUGCACCGAGUGCGGCCAGGGCUUCGUUCAGAACAAAUUUCUGAAACUGCACAAGAGGCUGCACACGGGAGAACAUCCGUUCCCCUGCCCUGAAUGCGGGAAACGCUUCAUCAGCAAGGCCAUUCUGAAGCUGCAUGGCAGGACACACGGCAGGGAGCGGCUGUUCCCGUGCACUGAGUGUGGGAAACGUUUCACCAGGAAAGACAUCCUCAAACUGCACCAGAGGGUGCACACGGGGGAGCGGCCUUUCCAGUGUGCAGAGUGUGGGAAGAGCUUCACUCAGAAGGUGAAUCUCCUGACACACCAGCGGCGCCACACGGGGGAGCGCCCGUUCGCCUGCUGUCAGUGCGGGAAGAGCUUUGCCCAGAAGGCCACACUCAACACACACCAGAAAAGCCACGUGCGUGAGAGGCGCUUUGCAUGUGCUGAAUGCAAGGAGAGCUUUGUCUCCAACAGGGACCUCACGAUGCACCAGAGGAUCCACACCAGGGAGCGCUCAUACAUGUGCAGCCAGUGUGGGAAAUGCUUCACGCAGCCAGGCAACCUCCUGACGCACCAGCGAGUGCACACGGGGGAGCGGCCGUUCACCUGCACCCAGUGCGAGAAAAGCUUCACCACCAACGGCAACCUCAAAAUGCACCAGCGGAUCCACACGGUGGAGAGGCCCUUCACAUGUACUGUGUGUGGAAAGGGCUUCACCACCAAGGGGACGCUGCAAAAACACCAGAGUUCACACGAGGUGGAAGCAGCUCGCGUGUGCCAGCCCGAAUCUGGAAGGGCUUUCCCAGCCUGUACUCCAGCAAGACUCCCACUGACGCAGGAAUGACCACACUGGAUCAGACCCAAGGUCCCACCAGCCCAGCUGCUCUGACAGUGAGCAGCAUCAGAUGCAUCGGAGGAAGGUGUAAGAAUUGCACACUAGGCAAAUGUAGGAUAAUCUGCCCCCCGACUCCUGGCCAGUAUUAGGUCUCCUCCUAAUCAUUAGAAAGUUGCUUAAACCCUGAAGUACAAGGUUUAAUAUCCCUUCAAAAUAUCUGUUAGCAUUAAUUAUAACUCUGGAUAUCUUUGUUCAAUAAAUGUUUUUAACCUUUUCUAAAUUCUUGCCCUUAACAGCAUCCUGCGGUAAUGAGUUCCACAGUUUAAUUGCACCCUGUGUGAAAGUCUUUCCUUUUUAUCAGUUUUCAAUUUGCCACUUUUUAAUUCCUUUGAAUGUCCCUUUUUAUGUUAUGACAAAGGGAGAACAGAACAGGGUGCAGCUAGCGACCCAGCACAUCACCAUGGAACUGCCCACAAAGAGCACAAGACUCGCUUUGUAGCAAAGGCACCUGGCCAGGUUUAUUGUCGACGAAGCAUGAUCCUAGCUCCCCGGAUCAGUGUCUAUAGGUACACUAGCACAUGUAUGCCCAUAACAGUGGACCAGCUCAGUGAGCGGCAGGACUUUCCAUUCCCCCCUCGGCUGGCCAAAGACACACCUUCUGUGACCCGUCUUUUAUACACUGAUACAAACCAGUUACGUAUUGCCCCUCCGACGUGAUUAGUGACUACGCUUUACCUUGUACAUCAGACAUUUCUGCCCAUCACCCUGUCAUCCUGUCCUUCUCUUUAGAAGGAGAUCAGUGUGUCCUUGUAUCAUCUUAAGGGAGUGCGUUUACACCACAACCCUGUUGUGAUGAACUAGGAAUGUUCUUAAUAUUUUCUCUGAAUACUGUGUUGGUGCCUCAGUGUCCCCA